GAACAAAAAGACCCNGAGAAGGCAACUGUGCUUAGCCUGCAGUUGAGAACUGAGCGAGCAGAUUCCCAAGUGUUCAAGAACUUUUACUGAAGAGACAGGGAAGAAGGAAUCGACUUUUCCAAACAAGAUGUGCCGCGGGCCCAGCUCCGAGCCCGGACCUUCGAGUCCCUCGAAGGCACAGGGAUGAGGACAUCGGGCACCUCUAGAGCACACAGGAAGCACUCAGGGCGCUCAGGUGUGCGCAGGGGAGCAGCGCAUGCGCGCUGUAGGAGGCACCAGGCCGCAUGUGCGCUUUGGGGGCCAGAGUGAGUCAGCGUUUCGCUUCCUGAGGUUUUGCGGCCUCAUGGGAGAUAUGUAAAUGAGCUGGAGCAUCAUGGGCGUUGGCGCUUUAUAAGGCCGUGUGGUCCUGGCUCGGUGUUCAGUGCUCAGCAAGGAGAGCCUGGCUUCAGAGUCCCUUUGCUGGCUACCUGGGCGCUCAGUCAGGGAGCUCCCCAGACAUUGGAGCAAGUGUGAAGCUGAAGAAGUUUCUGGAAGCUCAAGCCUGUCUACUUUUCCAGAGAGCGUCUGUGGUCCCGUUGACCAGACCUCCUGAGUCCAUCGAGCAAGCCUUCCUCUGUGUGUCCGCUUAGCAGCAGACAGACUUCUUGGCCAUGUGUCCCCCAGUCAGCAUUCGCCAUGGGGCCAGGGGCAUGUCCUGCCUCUAUGGGGCGUGGCUGUACCAUCUUGUCCAUGGGGAACAGAUGAAGAUCUGCUUUGCUUGCUUUAAGGCGGCUUUCCUGGUCGUUAAGAACAUGCUGGAGAUGGGAGACUGGGAAGAAGAAGUGUGGGAUGCUGAGCCCAUGGAACUCUCAGAGGCAGGGUCUGAGCCGGAAGAAUGGCCCGGUCUUAGCUGGGGAGAGGGCCAAGGUCAUCUGCCACAUGGCAUCUCUGUCUCUGCAGGUUCUGGGGCUCAGGGACCCCAGCCUGUGCCCACUGAGCUGGGGCCUCAGGAAGCUGUACCCCUGGAUCUGGGUCCUGAGGAUGCUGAGUGGACCCAGGCCCUUCCCUGGAGAUUUGAUGGCCUCUCUCCCUGCUCUCACUGGCUCAUCCCUCCUCUGUCUUGGUGGGAUAUUUUCAAUGUAAGCCCAUCUCCUGGGCAACCUGUAUUGUUGGAGUUGAGCCCCACCUGGCCCAUGGACCAGUUGGAAGCUGAAGCUUGGUUGGUAGGCCUGAAGUUCGUUUUUCUUCUGGGUGGCUUUGACGCCAUUUGCUACAUGCUGUCAAUGACUCCCUGUUGGGCUGUGAGAACCCGUGUCCAGCGCUGGCAGGUGUUGCUGGACCCUGGAGAGGUGAGAGUGGCCCAGCUGCAGAAUGCACCUGAACAGCAAGACCUGCACCGCUGGAAGCUGAGCAUCCUGGAGUCCUCAGAGCUGGGAAUGGAGCUGGUGCCUGCUGACUGCAGCCUGCAAAAGGGAGGCUUCAAGGUGCACUCUUACUUGCCCUGGCACAAUAGCACCCCAGAGGCCUGGAGCAGGGAGCCAGGGGAGAGGCUCCUCGUGGUAGGAGUCAUCUCUCUGAGGGAGUUGCCCUGCUUCCGUUCCCCCUCCCCUGAUCCACACAAUUGAGGGACUGGUGCUUGUACUACCCCCAGGUCCCCCAGGGACUGAAGAGCCACAGGUUGCCUCUCAGCCACAGGUCCUGAAGGAUGUCCAUCAUCUUGAGGGAGGAUCUGGAUCAGCCUGGGGUUGGAGCCUCAGGGAAGCUGGGUUUGUCCUUAGUUGACAGUUCAGUGUUCGGAAGGUUAGGCGCAGCUUCAUGUGCAGGGCGAAGACUGUUGUGCAUCAAGCAUUAUGGGGGACGGUCACCGGUCCUUCCCCAGUUCUGCUCUAGUUGUAGGCGGGGACACAAGAAGUGUGACACCAAGUCAUGCUGGUUGAUCCCAUGUUCUGCACUUGGCUUUCUCUGAGGGGCUGUGAGUCCUGGAUUCAGGGUUGACUGCUUGUGCAGUUUGUGCUCUGUGCAUGUUUCUGUUUUAAUAAAGUUACUGUUUUCAUAGAA